AUGGUUACCCAUACACGGCUGCAGUAUUACAAGCACAACUAUUGUCUUCUCUGCAUCACUGGAUCCUUAGGAUGUCGAUGGUAUCGAUACCGACAGUCAACACGUGACAGCAGAAAGAAAGAUCUGCUGCUUCUCUGCAUCCUCAUUGUCACGUUUCUCUACAUGUCUUUUUGUCUCUACUUUUGGUUAGUGGCCAGCAAUGACUCCAACAGUUUUAACUGGUAUAUCUCAACCAAAUUCAAAAUAAAAUGGAUUCCUUGGUACACUGUCUUUUUGUCUCUGACAGCGGUUGUUUUCGGCUACUUUUCAAUUUUAAUUGGCUUAUCAAUAUGUCAUAUAUACGUCGGCCACCAGAUUUAUAUCCAUCCUAUUCAUACAGUUGUGAUAAUAAUCACUCUAAUAACCUGUAUAUGUUUUACACUUUUUCUAAAUACCAUGUGGCCAUCUGAGUGGACAGUGGUCAAACUAUCAUUCCAGAUUGUUGGUCCUUUUAUUCACAUUGGUCUGAUUUUUAUUGUGACUCUGCUCACAUGGAUUUUAGUCAAACAGUGGUACAUUUUGGAGCGUUUUGGUUUGAAGUUGUUGAUAUUUGUUUCUUACCUUGCGCUUCUGGUGGGUGUAUGUGUUCUUCCGUUGUUCAUUGACUCACCUUGCAUACAGCCAGCAGGCCGCCUACCCCGAAAACCACAAAUGUUUGCCCACCGAGGGGCGUCAGGGAUUGCACCCGAAAACACGUUAAUUGCAUUCCAAAUAGCAGCGAAUCAAAGUGUUUACGGAUUUGAAUCUGAUGUUAGAAUCAGUUUCGAUGGCAUUCCAUUCAUUAUGCAUGAUGAGUUACUGAGAAGAACAACAAACGUUGAUAAAAUUUUCCCAAGUCGAAUCUACGAUGAUGCCUCUACCUUCACAUUUAAGGAACUGUCUCAGUUGAAUGCUGGAUCUUGGUUUUUAGAAGAUGAUCCAAUGAACGUUGCAAGUUCAUUGACAGAUUUUGCAAGAUCUCUCUACCAGAACCAGACGAUUAUGAAACUCAGUGACUUAAUUCAGUUGGCAAUCUUUUACAACAAAUAUUUGAUGGUCGAUGUUCGUCCACCCAUCAGGGAACAUCCAUAUUAUAAACGAUGCCUCAAUCGCACAAUUGAAGUUAUACUCAAUUCAGGGAUACCACAUGAAAAAAUAUGGUGGCUACCAAGUAGUAACAGUGACUAUGUGAAAACUUUGAAUUUCACACAGACAGAAAUAAAGUAUGAACCAGUGGAUCACCUCUACAAGCACAACAUCUUCCAUAUCAAUGCACCUUACACAGAACUCACAGAGCAGGAAAUUCAGGAAUACAGCUCAUCAAAUAUAACAACAAAUAUUUAUUUAGUGAAUUCUCGCUGGUUUUUCUCACUGUAUUGGUGUAUGGGUGUCCAAUCAGUGACCACAGAUAACUGCCAUAUCCUCAGUAAAAUGACCAGACCCCUUUGGCAUUUUACUCCAGCAACAUACACACUAAUUUGGAUCUCAGUUGAUGUGCUGUCUGUCAUUAUAAUAACAAUUAUAUUUAUUGUGCAGAGGAUCCGUUUGGUAGGAACUCGAUUCAAUCCAGAGACCAUUUCUCUCCAUUCGCAACAGACAAUGACGAUUCUUACGGAACCGUAUCACUCAACCUCGAGAACCAUGAAAGAAAAAUUAUUAUUCACUGCUGAUCAACUUGAGGAAGACAUGUUUUCUCUUUGUCCCUUCUCUCUGUCUUUCUAUUAUAAUUCUCUUUUUCCCUUCUCUCUGUCUUUCUAUUAUAAUUCUCUUUUUCCCUUCUCUCUGUCUUUCUAUUAUAAUUCUCUUUGUCCCUUCUCUCUCUCUCUCUCUCUCUCUUAUAAUUCUCUUUUCCCCUUCUCUCUCUCUCUCUCUUAUAAUUCUCUUUGUCCCUUCUCUCUCUCUCUUAUGAUUCUCUUUGUCCCUUCUCUCUCUCUCUCUUAUAAUUCUCUUUGUCCCUUUUCUCUCUCUCUUAUGAUUCUCUUUGUCCCUUCUCUCUCUCUCUCUCUUAUAAUUCUCUUUGUCCCUUCUCUCUCUCUCUUAUAA